AUGUCCAACGAGGAGCUGAUCAAGGUCUCUUACCAAGAUCGCAUUGCGAUCGUCACGUUGAAUCGACCUGAUAAACUCAAUGCUCUGAACCAGGAGCUAUAUUAUCUUCUGGGCGAGCGUCUUCGCGAGAUUGACCAGCGAGAAGACAUCUAUAUCACCGUUCUCACGGGCACUGGUCGUUUCUUUUCUGCUGGUGCCGACGUUACAAGUAGCCGUCCCAAUGGCGAUCUCAACUCCAGCGCCCGUCGAGAACUCGUCAAGGGCUUCGUCGCCAACAAUGUCGACGUAACUCGCACAUUCUACAACCACAGCAAAAUCCUCGUGGUAGCCCUCAACGGUCCCGCCGUCGGUCUCUCCGCAGCCCUCGUCUCCCACGCCGACUUCAUCUACGCCGCCCCCCAUGUUUUCAUUUUGACUCCCUUCUCCUCCCUCGGUCUCGUGGCCGAAGGCGGUGCCAGUCGCGCAUUCGUUGAACGUCUCGGAAUCGCAAAGGCCAACGAGGCGCUUAUCAUGAGCAAGCGCAUUCCCUGCGAUGAGCUGGUUGCAGCGGGCUUCGUGAACAAGGUGAUCGAGGCGGAUUCGAAGGAUCAAAAGGACUCGGAUGGGUUCUUGAAGAAUGUUCUCGCUGAGGUCGAGGAUCGUCUGGGUACUCAUUUGAACCAGUCUAGUCUGUUGAAGAUUAAGGAGUUGGUUCGUCGUCCCGAGCGGGAGAUUUUGGAUCGUCAAAAUGGCUUGGAGGCCUUUAUGGGUCUGGAGCGAUUCAUGAUGGGUGUGCCUCAGGAAGAGUUCCGAAAGUUGGCCUCCGGUGAGAAGAAGCAUAAGCUGUGA